CCGCCGCCACCGCCACUACCACCUCCGCUGCUCGGCCCCGGUCCCGCUGCGGCCCGGCCGGCCCGUGGGGCGCGGAGCCGAGGCCCGCGGCCGGCCGCAUGAAGGACUGCGAGUACCAGCAGAUCAGCCCCGGGGCCGCCCCGCCGCCCGCCUCCCCUGGGGCGCGCCGCCCCGGUCCAGCCGCGCCCCCCGGCCCCGGCCCCGGGCCCCCGCCGCCCGCCAGCGCGCCGCGCUGGAGCGGCAGCGGCAGCGGCAGCGGCAGCGGGAGCAUCGGCCGCCGCCCGCGGCGCAAGUGGGAGGUGUUCCCGGGCCGCAACCGCUUCUACUGCGGCGGCCGCCUCAUGCUGGCCGGCCACGGCGGCGUCUUCGCACUCACGCUGCUGCUCAUCCUCACCACCACCAUCCUCUUCUUCGUCUUCGACUGUCCCUUCCUGGCCCGCCAGCUGACCCUCGCCAUCCCCAUCAUCGCUGCCAUCCUCUUCUUCUUCGUCAUGAGCUGCCUGCUGCAGACCAGCUUCACCGACCCUGGGAUCCUGCCCCGGGCCACCGUCUGUGAGGCAGCCGCUCUAGAGAAACAAAUCGAUAACACAGGCAGUUCCACGUACCGGCCACCCCCUCGGACCCGGGAGGUGAUGAUCAACGGGCAGAUGGUCAAGUUGAAGUACUGCUUCACCUGCAAGAUGUUUCGGCCACCCCGGACCUCACACUGCAGUGUCUGCGACAACUGUGUGGAACGGUUUGACCAUCACUGCCCCUGGGUGGGCAACUGUGUGGGGAGACGGAACUACCGCUUCUUCUAUGCGUUUAUUCUCUCCCUCUCGUUCCUGACGGCCUUCAUCUUCGCCUGUGUGGUCACCCACCUGACGCUGCGCUCUCAGGGAAGCAACUUCCUCUCCACUCUGAAGGAGACACCAGCGAGUGUGCUGGAGUUGGUGAUCUGCUUCUUCUCCAUCUGGUCCAUCCUGGGCCUCUCAGGGUUUCAUACUUACCUCGUCGCCUCCAACCUGACAACUAACGAAGACAUCAAAGGCUCGUGGUCCAGCAAGAGGGGCGGGGAGGCCUCCGUCAAUCCCUACAGCCAUAAAAGUGUUAUCACCAACUGCUGUGCUGUGCUCUGCGGCCCCCUACCUCCCAGCCUCAUUGACCGGAGGGGAUUUGUGCAGUCAGACGCCGUGUUGCCCUCGCCCAUCAGAAGCGAUGAGCCAGCCUGCGGAGCCAAGCCUGACGCCAGCAUGGUAGGAGGCCACCCCUGAACUGGGCUCGGUACUUGCCACCUGCUGGCUUGUCCACCCCUCCGCACUCACCUGCCGCCCUCCACACCUGCCGGGACCCUCCCCAUUCCAUCCAAGGGAAGCAGAGCCGCCAAAGACUCUUUCCGUAUUUAUUUCCCACCCUGCGUGGCUUGCCCCGCACUUCCGUGGCUGUACCCUCUGCUCCCCAAACCCAGGUUCCCACAGCCUUGGGCCCUAGAUCCCUGCAGCUGAUCAGCGGCAGGAGUGACAGGAGAGAGAGAGGCCAGGGCCCCUGAGGCCACGAGGGGACCAUGCCGAGUCUCUGUCUGUGCCGGGGCGAGCCCUGUGUGAAUGAGGGUGCAGACUGCGUGCGAUACCUCCCAGGUGGAGGGGCCGGUGGGCUCUGCUCAGCUGGGGUCCUGGGGGUGAAGUGGGACUUAAGAGCAUUCGGCUCUGGACAGCGGGCUGUGGGAGAGGAUGCCUCCGUGGGCUGUUGUGGUUUGUGGGCUCCUUCAUUCUUUUUGUGAUGACCAUUGUUCUUUCUUCCGUUCGUGUUUUUUCGUAUGGCGUCGGCCAAUAGGAUGGAGCUGGGGUUCUAGAUGGAUAGGGCAGAGUUGGGGGUGGUGGGAGACAGCCUGUGUCAGAGAAGGCUGAACCAGCCAGCGAGGCACCCAAGACCUCGGCUCCUGCGUGAUUCCUGGGCAGCACGCUAGGAAGUGGGGGCCUUGCCUGCUCUCUACCCAUGGAGGGUUCUCUAAGGGAUCCCAGUCUGACCUCCCCGCCUCCCCACCUCUCUCCCAAGUCAGUUCUUGGGCUGGUGGGUUAUCCUCUUGCUGGCAAUACUUGAAACGGGUUUAUUAAUGCUGGGUAUUUUGCACAAUUUUAUAGACCUCUUUUCUACGUAGCAUUUUUUAAGUGGAAGAAAAAACAGUCGGCCACAUUGCUAUCUGUGUAGUGCCAGGUUAAAGAUUAGCAGAAAGCAAGUUGGGUUUUACAAAUUUAUAAGAGAACGUCUGGCUGUGAGUGAGUGUGUGUGCGUGUGUUCGCGUGUGCCCUUGUAUGAAUGCGGCUGGCUCCCGCUUCCCUACAUCCCCUGGGCUGCCCCUCUCCCUGCCAUCCCCCUCGGGUGUCAGCUGGCAGCAGCAAGGAGCGGCCUGAGCCACGGCAACAGGGAGCCUGUGCAGUGAUCGCAAGAGACCUCUGGGUUCCCCGCUGCAGCUCAGCCCCCACCCUCCUAUCUUCCCUUCCUCCUCGGACAUCAGGAAGCCUGGGACCUGCCCAGACUGGCUGAGGCUGGGCGUGGUGGAUGGGGUAAUGGCUGUGGGGAGCGGCUGCCACUCUGCAAGCCGCACACCCUCCUCCCGGCUCUGAGUAUGGGACCUGGUGCCAGCGGCCAGAGAACAGGGACUCUCUGCCAGCUGGAGGACUCCAUCCAGAGAAAAGGGAGGAAGGAGCAGGGUGGGCCGAGAAGCGAGUGAAGGUUGGCCUACGUCUGGGCCCCAAAGUCAAAAGAUGUCUCUUCUCUGCGGGGAACUGUAGUUUCUUGUCAAAGUAGAUAGGAGAUUGUUCUGUCUCCCUCCUUGGCCCUUCAAGUGGGCUGAAGCCCUUGGAAAGUGACCUAGGAAGUCCUCGCCUCUUGCCCUUCCUUGCUGCAGAAGCUAGUGGGUCACAGGCAGCUGAGAACUGGCAGCUGCAGAGGGUCCCCCCUGGGAGAAACAGCCUCGCCCCAGCGCCAGGACCCCGGGCCAUGCUGCAGUGGCACUGGGAAGUGGGGAGGGGGCUGGCUAGAGGAGGGGAAGCCCCCUGCCUUUUAUUUAAGCCAGUAUUCUUUGUUCCUGCUUGUAAUAAAAUUUUCGUUUUUAAGAGUUGA